CAAAGCUCUAAAGGAUCAUCUAUCUCUGUCCCUCACGCUCCUGGGAAGCACACCAAAUCAUCACGAUGCCACCGCGCAAGGGAAAGCCUGCCGAUAAGGCAGUUAAAGUCGUACAGCAAGGCGACGCAGUGGUGCCCGCUUCCAAGCUCCCGCCUUGGCUCAGGUUCCCGCUGCUUGUAUUAUCGAGCUUAACGCUUUCGUCGCUCCUAUACUCCAUCGCAGCUAAGUACACGGCAGGAGACUUGGCCAGCGUAUCGAGGAGAUUGGAUCAGUGGUGGGAAGUGGGCGCGUUGUUGGGAUGGCGGACAUUCGAGCUUGGCUUGGGCUGGUUUGGCAACUAUGAUGGCUACGAUCUCGCAGCGCUGAGCCUGCUAUCGCAUGGCCCUCCGCUCUAUCUACUGGGCACCUUCUACAAUGUCCGACCCGCAACGGUGAUCUCCUCGCUGUUGAUCGAUACUCUGACAACUUACGUCCCAUUCCGCCUCCUCCGUCCUCUUUCCCUAGCUCACUCGGCGUCUUCCUCCCAGCGUUCAGUUGCUAUCGCGAAUAAGGAUAUUGUGACAGACUACACAAUCCAGAGUUUCACCACCAUUCUCGCAGCGACGAUCUAUAGCGUUACCCUCUAUACCGCAUACGUAACGUACCUUCCAGUAUAUCUUGUCACAUACUUCGAGGGCAUCCCCUCUGUUGCCGCUACUCAUAGCGCAACGCCCAUUGCACUCUUGCCACUGACCCUCCUCUUCGGGCUCGCCGCAAAGUCCUUCAUCUUUACGCCUGCAGUGGCAGCUUCACCCUCCCUCGCAGAUGCAAAGGCGGCGGCUUUCAACCCUGCCACCGCCACAUUGUCGGAGACAUUUUGGUACAAUGUUUGGGGAUUUAGCCCGAAGACCAAGGUCGUGAUCAAGCGGACGCUGGCCCUGGUACUGGUAAGCGGGAUUAAUACCUUCGUGCAAACCUUUGUCACGGUUGAAGGCGUCGAGGCGAUCGGUGCGGUGGCGUAUUCUGCGAUAUGGUCUACGGCUGCUGCGAUCACGGGUGCGGCGCUGGGGGUGGUAGGCUCUGUAUGAACAGGUGCGUAGGUCAAUGGUGAAGCUCGAAGACUCGAUCUGGUGCAGACUCUAUGUAUGAUUCUGGUGUGGCUACUUCUUUUUUUCUGAGAAUUACAGCGCGGCAUGGGACUAGGAGGGGUGGACGGAUCUGGAGGCUUGCUUGGCUUUCUGGUUCUGGAACGGAGUUUAUCAAAAUUUGGAGCUCGAAGGAGUUGUGUUAUGUAGCAAUAGCGGGAUGUGUGGGGUGAAGCAUGGGACUUUGCUUAACAGUGUAGGUGUAGUUUGGCAUUCUCUGCUUCUCAUGCGAGUGGAAGCUCUUGCCUUCGAAAAUAUCACAUAGGGCUCAAUUUGUUGAUAUUCUAUAUUCACAGUAGAAGUAGCACGUACCUAGUACAAGGUCUUUGCACAUAGUCAGAUGUUC